GUCAUUAAAAAAAUCAUCUAGAUAAUAAAUUUCAGAUUAAGAAUGGAUCAACCACUGUUCUUUAUUGAUACUAAUCCGGAUGACGAAAUUAAAGAAACUAUAGUAGUAGCUCCUGAGAAUGUUCUGGGUAAGGAAGAUCCUGCUAUCGCAGAGAAGAGACGAAAAAAGAAGGAAAUGGAGAGGAAUCUUUCCAAGUUUCUGUUUGGCGCCAUAAGUGCCGACGAGGGAGUAGACGUUGGAAAGGACAAAGAAGCAUCGGAAGAGUCAGAUAGCGACGAUUCGGAAGGUACGAGCUCAGACGAGUCCGUAGAAGAUUUGGACGACGUGGAUAUUGAUAAUGAGGUAGGAGAUGAAGACAAGGAAGACGUGGAAAUAGAAGAAUUCGAGGCUCAGGUUGACUCCGAGGCUGGUUCUGAGGUUAAUGAGGAUAAGGAAGACAUCGAUGGCACAGAUAACACGGAUUCCGAGUCUGAUACGGAAAAUGACGCGGAAAAGCUUCCAGAAGACAUUUAUGGCAACAACCUUUAUCUCAGAAGAGGGAAAAAGCGUAAAGCUGCGUGGAAGGAUGAUGCUGAUGAAAAAGUGCUUGUCAAAGACGUAGCAGCAAAUUUUAAAAAAGGAUUGGGAAAACAUGGAUCUAAAGACGAAUCAAGUGAAAAGUAUGGGAAGGCUGUAGAGCGGAAGUUUAUAAGUUUAGUCGGAGAACCGUCCUGGGCUAAAUUAGAUCAGGAUGCUGAGCAGGACUCAGACGAGGAGUUUUUUAGGGAAACUACAGACCUUUUAGAUAAAGGAAGAGUGGGAGAUCUUAAACGUGAAAUCAUUGAAUUUAGAAAACUGAAGGAUAUGAAUAAUGAAACUUAUAAUGAGGGAACAGUAAUUCGAAGCACAGAAUUCCAUCCGACCUCGACUGUUGGCCUAGUAGCUGGUUUAUCUGGUACUGCAUCAAUCUUUCAAGUUGACGGUAAAUUCAACCCCAAGAUUCAGACGAUUAACUUCAAAGAUUUUCCCAUCAAAACGGCCAAAUUUUCCGUGGACGGGAACGAGGUUAUUGCCGGGUCCCAGUUCCACACCUACUUCUAUGUGUAUGAUAUGAUCGCAGGAAAGGUGAUCAAGAUUAAGUCUCCCAGGCAGAUCGAGGAGUUCAGUAGCCAAAGGUUCGAUAUUUCUCCUGACGGGAAAAUUAUUGCGUUCAAGGGAAGAUUUGGUUCCAUACAUCUCGUGUCCGCUAGAACGAAAGAGUAUAUUCGGAGUAUAAAAAUGAAUGAUGAAUGCCAGGCAUUAAAAUUCUCUAAAUCUGGUGCUCAACUGUAUACGCACGGAGAGGGUGGCGAGGUCUAUGUUUGGGAUACUAGAUCAAGUUUGUGUGUCAAUAAAUUUGUUGAUGACGGUUGUAUCGCCGGAUCAGCUCUAGCGGUUAACUCCUCCUACCUAGCCACUGGUAGCUCAGAGGGCGUGGUCAACAUUUAUAAUCUUGCAAAGAUAGAUAAACCAAAUCCAAGUCCAGAUAAGGUUAUUCUCAAUUUAACGACGCAGAUAAACCAGCUGAGGUUCAACCCAACAGGAGAGAUCCUAGCUUUGUCUAGUGAACUUAAGGAUACUGCAAUAAAACUAGUUCACUUCCCAUCUAAGACAGUGUUCUCAAACUUCCCGGGUACUCUGAAUUUGAACAAAAUAAACAGCGUGGAUUUCAGCCCAGGCGGGGGAUAUCUUUCUCUAGGAAACAACAAGGGAGCAGCACUCCUUUACAGACUCAAACAUUACAAGGAUUAUUAAUGGAAUACAAAUUUGAAAUAUAUUUUUUUCACCUUUA